AUUCUUUACCAGCUCUAUGAGGGGGCGUUGAUAAUAGUAAUUUGUUUUAUUUUUCUUUAUUUGUUAGUUGGCUGUGAAACAAUGGAGAACUCCAGUAAUGGCAUUCAUUACAUUGAACUCUCUCGAAAUCCCAUUCGCUUUGAUGCAGUCAGCCAACUGACAAACGUGUUUUUCGAUGACUCUAACAAACAGAUCUUUGCAGUGCGUUCUGGUGGAGCUACCGGCGUAGUGGUAAAGGGUCCCAAUCCCACAGAGGAUACGGUAAUAUCGUUUUGCAUGAGCGAUCGUGGCGGAGCCAUACGAUCCAUUAAAUUUUCGCCAGACAAUCAAGUUUUAGCAGUUCAACGCAAAGAGAAUGCUGUGGAGUUUGUGUGCUUCCAGGGGGAUCAGCCAAUGCUGCAGGACAUCAUUACUCAUCAAGUGAAAACACUGAUCUAUGGCUUUGUUUGGGUGCACAACCGUGAAGUUGCCUUAAUCUCUAACACGGGAGUAGAGAUCUUUACGGUGAUACCAGAGAAGCGUCAAGUGAAGACCACAAAAGCAUUAAGCAUAAGUAUCAAAUGGUUUGCCUGGUGCUGCGAUGCCAAUGUUGCCCUGUUAUGCACCACCGAGGGUAACACUUUGCUGCCCGUGCUGGUUAAGCAAAAGGUCAUCACCAAACUACCUAAAGUGGAUUUGGGCCAUCCCGGUCGCGAAGUUCAGGAGAGCAAGGUAACAUUGGGCCAGGUCUAUGGUGUCUUGGCUGUUCUCAUUUUGCAAACGAACAGCAGCGAUGGUUUAAUGGAAGUGGAAGUUCAUUUAUUGAAUGGACCUGGCUUGGCACCACGCAAAUGUCAUGUCUUGCGACUUAGUCUCAAUGGUCGAUUUGCCAUUAACACGGUGGAUAAUCUCAUAGUGGUGCACCAUCAGGCCACAGGCACUUCAUUGCUGUUUGAUAUAAAUCUUAGCGGCGAAGUAAUUAAUGAGGUUAGCUACCAUACACCUAUUACGCCAGGACGUUCAAUUAAGCCAUUUGGUCUAAAAUUGCCUUCGCUAUCUCCCGAUGGACAAAUACUACAAUGCGAAUUGUACUCCACCAAUUGGGUGCUGUUUCAGCCAAAUAUAGUAAUCGAUGCCAAACUGGGUUGCAUGUGGUAUUUAAAUCUCUGCAUUGAGCCCCUUUGCCAUUUAAUCUCUGAUCGCAUCCGCCUCACUGAGUUUCUGCUCCAACGCAGCAAUGGCAAACAAAUGCUUUUGAAAGUAAUUAGUCAAUUGGUAGAUGAUCAGUAUAAAGGCACUCUCCUGCCCGUUCUUGAGACUAUAUUUAAUCGCAUCAAUAAGAUUUAUGCCUCUUGGGUGCAUUUGGAAUUGCAGCAGCAAACUGCCCAACCCUCGAAUGUAAAGCCGAAUCCUAAUUCAAAACAUUCGCCACCACCAAUUGUGCUGAUCGAGCAAAGUGAUAUGGCUCAAAUAUUUCAGACAAUCGCCCAACGUCCGUAUACGGAAACUAUUCUAAUGUUAUAUCUACAGUCGUUAAAUCGAUUCAAUAUUGCCGCCCAGGAGGAGUUAAGCAAAAUGAUUAUUGUCGAGCUCAUAAGAAAUCGUAGUUUUGAUACAUUGCGUCGAUUAGUUACCUAUUCAAUGCUAAUGGAAACCAAGUCCACUGCCUGCUUUCUUCUGGCUUAUUCUAAUGUAGAUACAGCCAUAUCACAAGUAGCAAUCGACAUGCUGGGCAAAAUACAGGCUCAUGAGAUCAUCAUUGAGGUAAUGCUGGGUCAGGGGAAAGUGAUUGAUGCUUUACGUUUGGCAAAAAGUUCAUUGGGCUUGGAUAAGGUGCCGGCACGAAAAUUCCUUGAAGCCGCCUAUAAAACUAAAGAUGAUCUGGUCUUUCAUAGUGUCUACCGAUUCUUCCAAAUGCGCAAUUUGAGAUUAUAUGAGACUCUAGCGUUCCCUAAAACGGAACAAUGCACGGAAUUUAUUCAACAUUAUAAUAACACAUUUCCUGUUGACAAAGCCCCAAGACCACAAAUAAGUUGAGAGAUUUUUAUAUUUAAGGUGAGCUGAUGUGAUUUAAUUAAUAUUUGAGACGGAUAGUUAAAGUGUUAAUUCUGAUAAAUGAAAGUAUCUACCUGUACGUAUGUAUACAUAUAAAUAUGUAAAUUUAAUUGAAUAUUUUGUAUAACUAAGCAAAUAAAUUCAAAGCUCUAGCAUUGAGAUUUAAUAGUUUUUGUAA